AUGCUUAUUCUGAAGGGACGGACAUGCUAUUGCCUAGAGAAUACAAACGAGAGUAAAAUUCGUCAAGACAGGGAUGUCUCAAAAUGCAGUGGAAACUUCGAGGAAAUCUGCGGAGGACGUGGAAAGGUUUCUAUAUACAGGCUCACAUUUCCGAAACCCGAAAUUUUGAAAUUGACCUUGAAAGCUGACAGUUUAGGCCUAUGUGCUUACACGUCUUUCCUACAAUACCGACAACUACAGGUGAAGACGGGUUCUAACUGCAGUAUACCAAGAGGAGUCGCAUAUUCCGGGUUAGAACGAUCCAACAAGACCUUGAACAACAAGAUUUGUAGAAUAUAUUUUUGUACCGAGAAACUGGCGCUCUCUUACUACACUGCAAGCUCGAGAUACAAACUCCUCAAAUUGACUCGCAAAAACUCGGUACAUCUCUACCGUGCAAGUAGGAGAAAGAUAACAUACUGGAUUGGGCUCAGCCGUUUGCAGAGGUGGCGAUGGACCAAUGGUCGUCUGCUAAGCAAACAAGACCUACAUGACCUAAACCUUAGCAGCACCACGUUUCGUGGCACGGGGUGUCUGGCAGUUCAGCACAGAGGACGUGGUCUGCAUAGCGACACUAAAGACUGCGACACGAAACUGCGAGCAAUCUGCUACGAGGGUUCCACGUAUCCGACAUCACGUCCACGUGAUAAGGACAAAAAUAAUCAGUCAGGAGUUGCUGUGGGUGUUUCUGUGACUGCUGUUGUAGUGGUUGGUGUUGUAACACUGUUGGCAGUGUUUUGGAUGAAAAGACGAAGACUGUAUUGUUUUGGAGAGAAACCUACAUCUACACCCAGAGACAACCCAAAUGAACUAGCUCCCCAGGGAGUUAUUCAACACGCCGACACCAACCCAUCUCCUGCUGGUGAAGGAACUUACGAGAAACUUGAUGACAUCACCCAUACCUCACAAAACACAUACGAGAACACACCUAGACAACCAGAACAUGUCUAUUCUGGUUUACACACCGAAUACUACAAUGUGACACAAUCAACAAAUAACGUAGAUCCUUAAAGGGACAGUUCUGAAUUUCACAACUGUUGUAAAAUGUCUCCGACCAAUAGAGCCUUUUCGAUGACGUAACAUACAAAUUAAAUACCUUGUCUUAUUUAGAAUAU